UAAAGGACCGACAGGCCGUGGCGCCGAUAACAUUUGGCAGUGCUAACAUUGGAAGCCUUUCAAUUUACCCUGCUCAACCAGGAUCAGUGGGAUCUGGACACUCCAGACAAGUGCCAGAGAAUCCAGAAAGAGUUAACGCUGCUCUACAAGGAUCAGUGGGAUCUGGACACUCCAGACAAGUGCCAGAGAAUCCAGAAAGAGAUGAAUACAGGAAUGCAGUCCAAGUCACUUUAAGAGGGGACACCCUGAGCGCAAUCACAAUUCCAGAGACGAUCCCAGUACACAAUGGCAAGGUGUGGAUACUUGGAAACUACGAUGACCAGGAUGUCGAGACGACAGCUACAUGUGAAGGAGGAAAGAUCGUGCAUCUUAAAUUGAGCUGUGGGAGACAGCAAAGUACAGAUGCCGCCUGUCGAACAAAGUGGACGCUCUCUAACAUUGCGGAAAGUGCUUUGUCUAAGUUGAUGAAAUGUCAUUUUAAAGGACUGAGAGACAUAACGUGCGCCUUCAAAAACACAUUUGGCGUGCUUUGGACGCUUGCCAUAUCAGGAAACUUAGUUUUAGAGUUUGGACAUGGUACCAAACAAGAUGCUGAGGAAAUGGUCUCCAAUAAGGAUGCAGUGACCGAUCUGCUUACGCAGUGUCUGGGAAAAUGCAAUAUCCAUGAUGCAUCCACGGUGGAUAAUGUUGAGGUCAUGGACGAAUGUGAUGAUGUCACUGAAUUGCCAAGUACUUCCACAGGCAAAGGAUGGAAAAGGCUCACGGGACAUCAUUAUGCCACUUCACAAAGUGACUCGGGAAUUUACUCAGUGUCAUCUGGAGGAGCACAUGCUCAGGCAGAUCAUCAAGUGCAUCUUGAAUCAGAGUUGGGGAAACUGUUAACAGAUGAAGAGGUUCGUGGUUGCGAUGCUUGCCGGGGCAUGAGUGAACGCAAGUAUUCAAUUCAAAAUCAUGUUGUAAUCCACAUGGAUGGGGUAAUGAUGUUUCAAAGGAAAAAGAAAGCUCGUCAUCAAACAGAUAUAAGAUGA